CCUUCGGCUGCUGCUUUUUUAGCGAUCUUUUCUGUGCUCCUAUGACAGCAGCACUUUCACAAGGAAGAAACCUGGAGACUAUCCCCAGAGUGCCAGAGACCUAAAAGAAGAUGAGGGCAAUGGCAGAAGAAGAAAAAUGAGGCUGAUGUUCUACAGUCUCUUUGGAACAAAGACAAGGUAACUCAUUACUCAGAAAACAAACUUUUGAUGAGCUUUUCUGCCUGCCAUCGUCCUACUCUGCUAUCCUGGGUAAUACUAACACGAAAGCCAAGGCCAGCUAAGACACCUGUGUCAAAAGAAGACAGAUAUCGCCAUGGGGCAAGAUGAACAUAACCCAAAUGCUACAGUCAAACUCAACUUUGCUGCAAUCUAUGAUCUCCACAAAGGGGAUUUCACCUCUUUCAUAAACUUCACCAUCCCUUUCAAUUUCAAUUACAGUGAUUAUGACCUGCCACUGGACAAUGAAGAUGACAUGACCAAAACACGCACCUUCUUUGCAGCCAAGAUUGUGAUUGGGGUGGCUCUCGUUGGCAUCAUGCUGGUCUGUGGCAUUGGCAACUUUAUUUUCAUUGCUGCUCUCGCCCGCUACAAGAAGCUACGGAACCUCACCAACCUGCUGAUUGCCAACCUGGCGAUCUCUGACUUCAUUGUGGCCAUUGUGUGCUGCCCCUUUGAGAUGGACUACUACGUGGUGCGACAGCUGUCCUGGGAGCACGGCCAUGUCCUCUGUGCCUCAGUCAAUUACCUACGGACUGUUUCCCUCUAUGUUUCUACCAAUGCUCUUUUGGCUAUAGCUGUCGACAGGUACCUGGCCAUUGUACACCCACUAAAACCACGCAUGAAUUAUCAAACAGCAACCUUCUUAAUUGCCUUGAUCUGGAUCGUCUCCAUACUUGUAGCUAUCCCAUCUGCAUACUUUGCUACUGAAACUGUAUUAUUCAUAGUAAAAAAACAGGAGAAAUUUUUCUGUGGCCAAAUUUGGCCAGUUGACCAGCAGAUGUAUUACAAAUCCUACUUCCUCUUCAUCUUUGGCAUUGAAUUUGUUGCGCCUGUGAUUACAAUGACCUUAUGUUAUGCCAGGAUCUCUCGAGAGCUUUGGUUUAAAACUGUGCCAGGAUUUCAGACGGAACAGAUCAGAAAGCGGCUUCGAUGCAGAAGAAAAACCGUAAUGGUACUUAUGUGCAUCCUAACUGCCUAUGUUCUCUGCUGGGCACCUUUCUAUGGUUUCACAAUUGUCCGUGACUUUUUUCCCACAAUCUUUGUGAAAGAGAAGCAUUAUCUUACAGCUUUUUACAUAGUUGAAUGCAUUGCUAUGAGUAACAGCAUGAUAAACACGAUGUGUUUUGUAACUGUAAAAAAUAACACAAUGAAGUAUUUCAAGAAGAUCAUGUUUCUCAGGUGGAGAUCAACAUAUAAGGGAAACAAAACUAGCACAGAUUUAGACCUCAGAACAAGUGCAAUGCCAGUCACAGAAGAGGUAGACUGCAUAAAACUGAAAUAAGGCUUAUGCAGUUCUAAUUUCAUAUAUUUUAGAGGGGUGUGGGGAAGAGGAAAUAAGUAAAUGCUGCCUCAGAAACUCCUCCCUUGUUCUAUGGAAAUUCCUACUUAUGGUUAGAACCCUAGAUAAGCAGCAAAUUAUGGAUUUCCACCAGAGCUCUUCUCCUAGACUGCUGUAUAAUCCCAUAAAUCAGACUGAUGCUGUGCCGCAGUUUGCCCAUCUGUGAAAUGGGGAUGUAGAUAUUUGGUUUAGAGCUAUUUAAGUUUUAAGGAGAAAAAAGUCUGUAAACACAUUACAGCUUAUUACAAAGAUGGAAUGGCUGGUUGUUAGUCCUACCAAUGAUGCCAACAACCUCUCUGUUUCUUCUGUUCUUAAGAGAAAUUUCUUUGCCCUCUUUGAGUUUAUCGUGGCACCCUAUGGCCAGCUUCUGCCACCUUGUAUCGCUGAGCACUUCAUCAUAGGACUUGUCCCAUGUUUUUCGGUGGUAUCCCUAUAAGGUAAUAGUCAGUCAGUGAGAAAAAUUCACCCUUUUGUACCAAGCCUGGACAUCUUAUCAGAUCUGUGUAUAUCUUUGAAAGAAAGUACAAGCAGGACCAAAACAAUAUAGAGAUCUUAAGACGAUGCCCUUCUUCAAGCAGUGGAGACUAGCUUUCAGCAAGUCUGUCACUAGUUGAGUUGACUAGCUCAUCAACUGUUUAAAUAUGAAGCAACAAAGAUGACUUCUGCAUUGCCUCCUUCAGUGCUACUUUUACUAUUCUGAUUUUGUACAACUCUAGGAUGAGUGUUUCUUGACUGAUAAUCAUGACAAAACAGGUGACAGUAGCAGUAAUAUAUUCUCAUUUAAGCUACACAUAAAAUUUCAUGGAUUUUGGUGUAUUAAAAUCAAGGCUUUUCUAUUGUGAUGACAAAUACUUCCUGUUUUAGUAUGUGGUACACCUACUU